AAGGUUGAAACAAGCACUAUUCUUAGUAAGCUUGUCUCUAUGCGGUAUAAAGGGAAAGAGAAUAUCAGGGAGUACAUUAUGGAAAUGUCUAAUCUUGUGACGAGAGUCAAGGCACUAAAGUUAGAGUUGUCGGAAGACAUACUCGUGCACUUGGUCUUGAUCUCUCUGCCUACACAAUUCAGUCCAUUCAAAAUCAGUUACAAUACACAAAAGGAAAAAUGGACUUUGAAUGAGCUUAUUGCUCAAUGUGUGCAAGAGGAAGAGAGAUUGAAGCAAGAAAAGAUAGAAAGUGCUCACUUGGCUUCCACAUCUCAGGGAUUUGGUACCAACAAGAAAAGAAAGAGGGACAAUAAAGGAAAACAAACUGCAGUUUCUGGGACAUCAAAGCAAAAGGAGCAAAAGAAACAAGAUAAGGAGAUCACUUGUUUCUUUUACAAGAAGGCUGGUCAUAUGAAGAAGACAUGUACCAAAUACGCUGCUUGGCGUGAAAAGAAAGGGUUGCCUAAGGAGCCGAAUGCCAAUUGAUGGUGAAAGAUACAUCUAUGUGGGAAAUGGCAACAAGGCUGCAGUCAAGGCUAUUGGUCUUUUCAGAUUACAGUUAGACUCUGGAUGUACAUUGGAUUUGGAAGAGACUUUUGUAGUACCGUCGUUUAGACGGAAUUUAAUUUCUGUUUCAUGUUUGGACAAAUUUGGAUAUUGUUGUUCAUUUGGAAAUGGAAUGGUUAGUCUUUAUCUAAAUUCAAAUAUUAUUGGUAUAGGUAGUCUAACAGACAAACUAUAUAAAUUGAACAUAAAGGCCACUAAUGGAAAUGAAACCUUGCAUUCAAGUAAUUAUGGCAUUAAGCGAAAAUUAAUGAAUGAGAAUUCAUCAAUGUUAUGGCACAAGCGUUUGGGUCAUAUUUCAAAUCAACAAAUUCAAAGGCUUGUGUUAGAAGGAAUUCUUGAUCCACUUGAUUUCUCAGACUUUCAAGUCUGUAUAGAGUGCAUUAAG